AUGAGGUUCACAGGAGCCCUUACAGGGGCGGUGAUUCCCCGACGGGGUCUAGUACGAGCGGUGGCGGCCCCAGAGGUUUCCCCAGGGUCGGUGGCACUUCCAGGGGCCUUCCCCUCGGUGUCGGUGCCCCCAGGGACCCUCUGUGUGGCGGCGGCAGCCUCAGGGGACCUCCCUGGUGCGACUACGCCCCAAGGGACCCUCAUAUGUUCGGCGGCGACCCUAGGGGCCUUCCCAGGCGAGGUCCCGCCCCAUGGGGCCCUGCCAAAGACUGUGGCGACCCCAGUGACCUUCCCAGGGAUGGUGGCAACCCCAGGAGCACUCCCAGGUUUGGCAGCAUCUCCAGAGGCCCUCCCAGGGGUGUCAGUAACCCCAGGAUCUUGA